AGCCCACUCGACGGCAUUCUCCCCUCCGGCAAGCCCCGCGCGAAACCCUAGCCAGCCCCGCCGGCCGCCGCCGCCGCCGCUCCCCUACCGUCCGCGCUCCUCUCUCGAGGCCACCCCGGACACCAACGCUCAUGGCGCAGAGGGCCGCGGGCGCGCUUCUCCGGCGGUCCCUGGGGCUCGCGCCGCCCACAGCCCCGAGGGCCCUGAGCACCAGCGCCGCGGCGGCGGAGGGAGAGGCGGCGGCGGCGGCCAAGGCGAAGAGGAGCAAGAAGAAGAACCUGUUCGACGUGGUGCAGUUCCUGCCGGACUGGGGCGUCGGCUACAGGGUCGCCAAGACCACCUGGCGCGACGUCUCCUACCAGAUCACCAAGAUCAACCUCUACAAGGAUGGCCGCCACGGGAAGGCGUGGGGGAUUCGGCACAAGGCCGGUGUGCAAGUGGCCGACGCCCCGAUAAAACUCAGCGGAGUUAACAAGCGUGGUUGGAAGUACAUAAAGGCAUCACAGAAGACGGUGCAGGAUAUCCCUGCAGCAGAGACACCAGCCGCUGCCGCUGCCACUGCCUAAUUUGUUACGGGCUAGAGCAUUUGGAAGGUGGCAAAACUUGUUCAUGUAGAAGUUAGCAUUGAACUGUUCAGACGGUUGGUUGAUUUGCCAUCUCCACUCUUUCAUAGUUUCCAUGCUUUCCAGGGUUUUAGGCAAGGGUUUUCGUGUGACCGGCCCGGAUUGCCAUGUCGUCCACGCUUUGUUGUCGAAGCUAAAGAUGAUGUAGCCGUUGAAAUAUUUUGUUUUGUAUUUUACAUUUUUGCAGUGCCUCAUUUCCAUCAGAAACAAGCGUGUCACCUCAACAUUAGUUUGGUUGGGUGGAUCUCAUGCACUAAUAAAAGUUGAUCGUUGCUCUGUUUUUUUUU